AUGAAAGAGUCAGAAACCAUCAAGGAGUACUCUGAAAGGCUUUUAAGCAUAGCCAACAGAGUAAGAUUGCUUGGUUCGGAGUUUAAAGACUCUCGUAUUGUUGAAAAAAUUCUGGUUACUCUUCCUGAAAGAUUUGAAGCUACCCUAACCACUUUGGAAAAUACCAAAGACUUGUCCAAAAUCACGUUGGCAGAGUUGUUGAACUCUUUGCAGGUGCAAGAACAACGAAUAGCUAUGAGACAAGAAGCAACUGUAGAGGAAGCCUUGCCCGCCAAACAUGAAGAUGGUUGGAGAAACAAAAAGAAGAAAAAUAGAAAGCACCAGCAAGCAAAUGGAGAAGCUGCAGCGCACAGGAGCAACAAAAACAAAGCUAGAAGUUCCAAGGGAAAGUACCCACCUUGUAAGCAUUGUGAUAGAACUGGCCACUCACCGUUCAAGUGCUGGAAAAGGCCAGAUGAUAAGUGUAACAAGUGCAAUCACCUUGGACAUGAAGCUAUCAUUUGCAAGAACCAAAACCAGCAGCAAGACGCAGAUGCCCAAAUCGCUAAUGAAGAUGAAAAUGAUCAUCUCUUUGUUGCAACUUGUUUUUCAGGUAGCAUUUCAAGCAAUAGCUGGUUGAUUGUCAAUGGAUGCACCAAUCACAUGACUCAUGACAAGGAACUUUUCAAAGAAUUGAAGCCUACAAGAAUUGCAAGAGUCCGGAUAGGUCACGGUGGUCAUAUUCCUGCGAAAGGAAUUGGAACUGUUGCUAUUGCAACCCAUUUAGGAAGUAGUGCAAAGCUUAUUGAUGAGUUCAAGCUGGAUAUGAUGCAAGUUUUUGAAAUGACAGAUCUUGGUCUAAUGACAUACUUCCUUGGAAUGGAGAUCAAGCAAUGA